AUGGAGAACGAACAGGUCUCUAUCGCUGCAACAGAGGCGAGCUCGAAUGAAUCAGUUUCUAAAACGAACAUCUCUGAUUCUGCAUCAAAGGUCAGUAAAGCCACCUAUAGUUUUAUGGAAAAGCGCGAGAAAUACAGGGUAAUCGUAGACGAUAUAGACUAUACGCCUGACAACAUCGUAGAUUCAGAUUACGUUACAAUGGAAGAUACUUUUUCUCAUGCCGCUUUCGAAACCAAAGUUCGUCCCCGAAGCCCAACUGCCAAAUCCAAAUCUACCGCCGACGCAGGGAUGAAAGUUUACGCCACAACGAUCUCCCUUGACGACAUCCAUAUCGACCACACAAUCAAUACAGAGGUUGGACUGGUUUAUGACGACGUCGACUUGGAAAUAGCACCUUCAGCUUUUUACUUGCCCAAAUCAAGGCCAAUAAUGUCGUAUCCGCCUGAAAUUUACGUAACAUUAAAAGAAACUGAAACGCAUAUUCUAUUCGAGUUACCGAGUUUCUCGUACGAUAAAGGGUCUUCGGAAGGCAAUGCCGUGGAAGAAGAAAACGAGUUAUAUCAAUAUAUGACGGUGGGUAAAGGCAAAAACCGGAAAAUGGUAAACGAAGAGACACAAACUGCAGAACUUAUUACUCAAACACGACACACACUUGCUACAAGACCUCAGAAAAAGAACGCCAUCGCAUUCGCCUCUAUGUGGGACAUGCACGACACGUAUGCGCGACUGGCGUUAAUAAAGCCUAGGGAACAAAUCGACGAAAUGGUAAUGUACCAGUCCGCUGCGCCUACUUUAUUACGCAAGAAAAAGGAGAAGUAUUAUGACCCUGAAUUAGCGAACAGAGGAAAAUCUUUUGACGAAAUAUCUAGUACACCACAGUUUUUGGAUGCAGUUCUUUUAACCGAGCGAGUGUUGGCGACGCUGGAAUAUUCCAGUGCUCAGAAGACAUUUCGGGGUCUCGUCAAAAUGAAUCCACUGUCGUUAGAUCUGAUUUAUGUUUACUCCAUGAAACCACUUUGGACUUUUGAAUAUACCGAUACAUUAAAUAGGCCGAUAUCGAGUAUAUCAUUCAAUCCUAAAAAUAAUAACAUUUUAGCUGUUGGACAUGGAAAGUUUACGUAUGCCGAGAAUCAUAUCGGGUUAGUGUGCGUGUGGUGUACAAAAAACCCCUGUAAACCGGAGAGGUCGUACACUUUCCAAGAUCCUGUGACGUCAUUAGCAUUUUCAGACAAAAAUCCCAAUUGGCUCGCGUGCGGAUUUGCGAACGGUGACGUUUUGAUACUAGACGUGACAUCAUACGCAAUCAAAACGAUCGCGACCAGCAAACGUGACACAAAUCCUUGCUUUGAACCAAUUUGGACUAUAAACUGGCGCGGCAUCGACAAAGAGAACGAAUAUGUUAUCACAACUUGCCAAGAUGGCAGAAUUAACAAAUUUAUAAACACGAAAACUCACGACUUUAUUUGCACGCCCUUGAUGCGUAUAUCAACGGUCGAGGGUAAAAUGAGAGGUUUAGAAGCACCAAAGCAGUGCGUUAAAGAGGAUGUGCCGAUAACGAGGUACCCAGCGGCGCUGUGCAUGAAAUGGCAUCCCAGGAUAGACCACAUCUAUUUAGUCGGCACUGACGAGGGUUGUAUUCACAAAUGUUCGACGCACUAUUUGAAUCAGCACAUGGAUGUGUUCCGGGCGCACGCUGGUCCGGUGUACAAUAUGCAGUUUUCGCCUUUUAUCGAUACGCUGCUGGUGUCGUGUGGCGCUGACAACGCUAUCAGACUUUGGAUAGAAGGGAUGGACGACGUUAUACUAACCUUGAAUUGCCCGUCCGCCGUGUACGAUGUAGCAUUUUGUCCUGUCAACUCGACCAUUAUCAUAUCGGCGAGCGGCAACGUGCUCUCGAUAUGGGAUCUUCGGAGAAAGACGCACAUGCCGUGUGCAGAAUACACUUUCUCCGGUAACGUAGUUUUAACCUUCAUACAGUUCUCACCUUCCGGUGACAAUGUAUUCGUUGGAGACACGAUGGGGCGUAUUCAUACGUUCCACUUGGAGGACACGCCGAUACCACCGUUUUACCAGAGGAAACUGUUGGAUGAGACUAUAAAAAGGGCUUUGUGUACUCGACCACAAAUGUUGAAACAACUGGAGAAACUAGAAAAGUUUAGAGAGAAAUUUAGUAAAUAGAUACUUUAUUUUAUAGUCUACUGCAGAGCUUAGGCCACUCAACUAUAAAAUAUAUUGAAAGCCUAGAUACAUUACGCUUUUGUGGGUUUAGGAUGAAAAUGUUUGACCCUGUAACAGUCACAAACAAUAACGACCAGCAUUCUCGGCUUAAUGUGCACUCCUGAGAUAUGGCAAUGUAAAAUAUGCCACUUCUC